AUGGACUGCAUCUGGUACUUUGAUGGAUUUCCUUCCAAUAAGGCUUACAACUCCCGAUCGCUAAUCACCCGUCGCCCGCUAAUCUCCCGUCGCACGUCGCCCCGUCGCCCGCUAAUCUCCCGUAGCCCGCCGCACGCCGCACGCCGCCCCAUCGCCCGCCGCCCGACGCCCGCCGCCUCGUCGCCCGCCCGCCCGGACGCCCGCCGCCCCGUCGCCUCGCCGCCCCGCCGCACGCCGCCUCGACGCACGCCGCCCGCGCCGCACGCCGCCCCGACGCCCGCCGCCUCGUCGUCCCUCACCUACAGCGCCGACCGCCGCCUCCAGCGCGACCCGUCGCCUCCGCUACCAGCGGCAAUCAUCGCCGACUGCCAGCGCGGACCCUCGCCGCCGCCACCAGUGCGGGCCAAGCUUAUUGCAUAUUCUUUUCGUCCUCCGGGGCAGUCUGCAUUCGGAGGGCCAGACGCAAGCUUUGCAGAGUUUGACCAAAUUUAUAACAAUGCAGGCGCUACCUUUGGACCAGUUGGACCAGCCUUGGAUGGUCCACCACAAAGGGUCUUAUCUGGUGUUCUGCAUUCAUUUCUUUCAAGCGGCCGAGCUGGCGUGCCAUUCCAACCUGUCCCAAUACCAGCUCUUGGUUUGUCUGAAGGUGACAAGCAAUGUAUACGUGAUCGUAGCUGCAUAAUGGCACACCAUAUUUUGGCUGAUCAACCUGAAGAAUAUAUACAAGCACAGGUAAACACAUUGCUGCAUUCUCUUGAUAUUGACAAUAGUUAUCGAACGAAAAACCCCCUGCAUGGGCCAUAUCCAGAGAUGGAGGAGUACUGGAAUCAAUCCCUAAGUGCUUUGCGAUCUGGCCCAAUGCACAAUGCUGCACAUAAUUGGGCUGCUGAGUUCGGCAAGCAAAAUAAUAACCCUGAGGGUUGGGUUACUGAGUUCGGCAAGCAAAACAACAAUCCUGAGGGUUGGAUUACUGAGUUCGGCAAGAAAAAUAAUAACCCUGAGGGUUGGGCACGAUCGUUUGAGCAGCAAUAUGGUCCCAACGGUUGGGCCUCUGAGUUUGAACAGGUCAGAGCCUUAUAAAUACCCAUGGCAUUU